AUGAUUGAUGUAUUAAUUGAACAACCUCGAAAUGAAUGGAGUAAAAUUAUUUGUAUUUCUCGACGAUCAACACAAUUAGAUGUUGAAGAUGAUCGAAUAUAUUUCAUUUCCAUUGAUAUUUUUCAAGCUAGUGUUGAUGAAAUUGUUACAGAAUUAUCUAAAGUAGGUGGAGAAUCUAUUACACAUGUAUAUCAUUAUACAUAUAUUGAAAAACAAGAUGAAAAAGAAUUAGAUCAAUAUUAUGGUGUUCAUAAAGGUGGUGAAUAUCUUGCAUCUUGUCCUUUCACUGAAGAUUCUUCUCGUCAUAAAGGUUUGAAUUUUUAUUAUAUACAAGAAGACCUUCUUGAAGAAUAUGCUGGAAAAAAUAAUUGGAAAUAUAUUAUCACACGACCUAAUGUUAUUAUUGGUGUAUCAAAAGGAAAUUUUAUGAAUUUUGCUAUUAGUCUAGCACUUUAUGCUUGUAUUCAAAAAGAAAAAGAUCAACCAUUAGUUUUUCCUGGUAAUGAAAUUGCUUGGAAUUCAAUAAUUGAUCAUUCAGAUGCAUUAAAUAAUGCACAUUUCCAAUUAUGGUCAUCAACAAAUGAUAAAAAUCAAAAUGAAAUACUUUAUAUACAUAAUGCGUUAAUCAAAUUUGAAAAAUUUUCUUGGUUAGAUUUCAUUCUAGGUCGAACAUUUGAUGAUCAUGGUGAUAUGACUAAAGCACGUCGAUAUGGUUGGACAACAACAGUUGAUACUAGUAAAUGUUAUUUUCAAUGUUUUGAUCGACUGAAAAAGAUGAAAGUUAUUCCAUCAAAUUAA